AUGCAAAGGAAAAUUAGCGCCUUCUUCAAACCCUCUGCUCCUCCUACUUCCCUCAAAACGACAGCCACGUUUCCUGGUUCCGAAAAUACAAUCUCCAUCGUGGCCGCCGGCGGAUGUGAAGAUCCAGAAAUCUCCGUCACCUACACGCGUAGAACUAAAAUCCUGGAGAGGCAGGGUGAUGAAAAAUUGGGGGAAUCAGCAAAUAUAGAAGAGAAAAAUGGUGUGGUGGUAUCAGAUUUGGAGCUGAGGAAGCCUCAGAUAGUUCUUAACAAGAAACGAAAUUAUGCUCAGUUUCACUUGGAAUUAGGUCAAUCUGAUUUUCUAUUGCAUACUUGCAAAAUGUGUGGGUUUGAGUACUCCAAAGGGGAUGAGGUCGAUGAGAAGGUUCACAAAUCAUUUCAUCAGAGUUAUACUCAAGGCAUUCAUUUUAAGGGUUGGCGAAAUGAAAGACUGGUUGAUUUGCCUUCACUUAAUGUUGGGCGCAUCCUCUUAGUCUUAGGUGAUGACCCUGCUGCUCAUACAGCCAAGGUUCAGGAAGUUGUAGCCAUGAUGGAGAAGGAACUUGGGGAUGGAUGGAUUUAUCAUCAGCACUGCAAGGUUUAUCUAUUUGUAUCUACUGGAAGGAUCAGAGGUUGUCUAGUUGCAGAACCAAUACAGAAAGCUUAUCAGGCUUCUUCAAGAUCAUUGCAGCAAGUGUCUCAUUUUCAAAAUGGCAAAGAUAGGAAAGAGAAAGCAAUUGUUCUCCAGUUUGGUGAAGUUAGUUUCCAAAGAGACAGAGUGAGAAAGAAGUACUCAGCUGAAAUUCAAAAAAAGUGUGAUUUGAACACUGGAUUGAUCUUAUCAGAGAAGGAAGCAACACCAGCUAGCUGUGGAAUAAGAGCUAUUUGGGUUACCCCUUCCAAUAGAAGGAAACAUAUUGCAAGUUCUUUGCUAGAUGCUGUAAGGUGCAGUUUCUCCGAUAAACCAAUUCUCAAUCGUUCAGAGUUGGCGUUUUCUCAACCGACCUCAGUGGGAGAAGUAUUGAUAUGCAAUUAUGUUGGGGGGAACUCAUUCUUGGUGUAUAAAACCACCUGA